UGACAUUAUAAAUGAGCUGCUUAAUUUAUUUAGUUUUUAUGCGGUACUGAUUUUAUUCACUUUAUAUGUAUACCUUGAACUUGGUAAUAUGACAAGGAAAUAUAUCACUUUGAAUCAACCUACCAUUUCUACUAUUUCCCUUACUUUUUCGAUUUUCUUUUUUAUGUAUCUUUGUAAAAAAAGGCAGGAGGAAAAUUCCAAAACACAGAAUUUUAUGAAAAUUUCGACAUUUUUUAAUAAUUUACCACCAUUUUUUUCAAUAAUUAAAAAAUCUUAUACAGAUUUUCAACACUAUACUUCUAAUAUUUUAAAGGAUUGUUGGUACCGUAUUGCACUUUUUUUGAGUAAGAAUUUACAAAUUCCUCUGUUAUGUUCGUAUUAUGGCGUUAAACUAGAAUCAGAACGAUACGAAAUGGAUUUAAAAAGAGCAGGACUUGUAAUCAUAAUUAAUCAAAAAAAUUUUCACCGUGAUUUUGAAGAUAGAACUGGUACAGAUUUUGAUCGUGAUCGAUUGAUCCAAAUAUGGGAAAUGUAUGGUUUUCACGUUGUAACAUAUGAAAAUUUAGAUUAUCUUGAUAUUCAGCGAAAAAUCAGAGAAUCUAUUAAUAAGGACUUCAACGAAGAAUAUUGUUGUCUUGUUGUUGUAAUUUUAUCCCAUGGUGAAAACGGUGUUAUUUUUGAUGUGAAUGGAAAACCAGUAGAAAUUGAAAUGAUUAAACUUAUAAUGAAGAAAAAUGAAAAAUUAUUAGGAAAACCGAAAAUUCUUAUGAUACAAGCAUGCCAAGGUGAUGGAAAAGAAGGAAUUAAGCAUAGAAUGCCCAGAAGAAAUGACCAAGAAAAUCUUGAUGAUGAUCACUACCUAGUCUCGGAUGGUCCUUCGAGUGAACAGGCAGCAAUGAUAAAUGCAGAUUUUUGUCAAGUAAUUGCAACAACACCUGGUUACUUAGCAAUACGUGAUAAAAUAAAGGGUAGCUGGUUAAUACAGCACUUUUGUGAUACCAUGUCAGAAGAUGGAGCUAGAGAUCAUUUCCUUGAUAUAAUUUUAACAACAAAAAACAAAAUCAGCAAAGAAACAUGGAAUGGAACGGGAAUGGUACCGGAAAAUAAAGACACUUUUCAAAAAUAUUUGUAUUUUAUUCCUGUAAAUGUAAAUGAAAAAAAAAUUAAUGGUAAAGAAGUUAUCGUAUCGAUUUUGAAAUCAUUUAUCAACUGA